AAGAUCCUCCCCUCUCCAGCACACGCCGAGAGCAGCCGGAGCUUGGUCUUGCGUUUCGGGUUCGUUGCCAGGCGUCACAUGAAAUCUAUGAAUGCUCAAACCAAACGCUUCUUUCAUUGUGUCAAUAAGAUUUGCUAUCAAACCUUCGCCAUUACCUUUCAAGGAUAACAAAAUGCAAUAAUGACCUUGAUUUCAGUGAAGAGCAGUUCAGAGGUUGAUUUUUAGCCAUUAUUAGAUUUUUUUUAUUGUUUCUUUUCUUUUCUUUUCAUGCGUCAUGUUUUAUGCCAAUAUAAUCAUAAUUGUUACCCACUCCAGUUGACUUGAAGUCAAGCACACACAUCAUGGAGAUGGGCAUGCCGCAUGCUCAUCUCCGUCUCGAAAAAAUAUCAUAUUUCAUAUCCCAUGCCAUGCCCCGGAAGCAUGGAAUAUAACAAAGAGUUUACUUGGUGGCCCCGCAGUCCUUGAAAGUUGGCCCAAUACGGUCCAAAUCUGGGUUUUCCGAGAACAUGCCUGGCAAUUCUUAGCACUGAACACCCAAAACAAGGAGCCGUCUAGAAUAGACAAAACUAGUCUUAUCUUUUGUUUGCAUCGUCACCAAGUCAGCUCCUUUACAGGGAUCUCGCGAUCUUAGAUUCCAUGACCAAUAAUUGAGGGUCCAGUUUAUAAACAACAAGUUCACUUGAAUAACUAUUGGAUGACAGUCUACCUAAAGGCUAAAGCUUCAUAUCAACUGCUGUUUACUCCACAGAGCCACUGAACACAAGAGAAUACAGUAAUGAGUUCCAUUGGAGAUAUGAGUGAUGAGAUUCAACACAAAAGUUACUGGAGGUUUAGCAAACAAGAUUUCUUACCAGAAGAGUCCUUCCAAAGCUGGGGAAACUACCGUUCCGCAUUGUCGGAUACAUGUUUCCGGUUCAAGGACCGUCUCAUCAGCCGGUCAGAUGAUGUCAAUGAGAUUGGGGAGCUUCGGAAACAAAGUGAGAACGAGAUGAAACGUUGCCUCACUUGGUGGGACCUUACCUGGUUUGGAUUUGGUUCGGUCGUUGGAGCAGGCAUCUUUGUGCUCACUGGUCAAGAAGCCCAUGAACAUGCUGGACCUGCCAUUGUGUUGUCCUAUGUUGCUUCUGGAGUGUCAGCAAUGCUCUCUGUAUUCUGUUACACGGAAUUCGCAGUCGAAGUCCCUGUAGCGGGUGGGUCAUUUGCUUACUUGAGAAUUGAAUUAGGAGACUUUGUGGCCUUCAUAACUGCAGGGAACAUACUGCUUGAAAGCAUCGCGGGCACUGCAGCAGUUGCCAGGGCAUGGACUUCUUACUUCACAAAUCUUCUUAAUCGUCCUUCAAACUCUUUACGGAUCCAUACAAAUCUAGCUGAAGGUUUCAAUCUCCUGGAUCCAAUAGCUGUUGGAGUUUUGGUGAUUGCUGCAACAAUUGCAAUUAUCAGCACAAGGAAAACUUCACUGAUCAAUUGGAUAGCCACAGCACUGAAUACUGCUGUAAUUUUGUUUGUGAUAAUUGCAGGGUUUGCUCACGCCAAUACAUCCAAUCUGAAACCAUUUUUGCCUUAUGGGGCAAAAGGGAUCUUCCAAGCAGCUGCAAUUGUCUACUUUGCUUACGGAGGCUUUGACAAUAUAGCCACCAUGGCGGAAGAAACAAAAAACCCAUCCAGAGACAUACCGAUAGGAUUGCUUGGAUCAAUGUCAAUCAUUACCGUGAUAUACUGCUUAAUGGCACUUACCCUAUCUAUGAUGCAAAAAUACACAGAGAUUGACAAAGGAGCAGCUUACUCUGUCGCAUUUCAGAGUGUGGGAAUGAAUUGGGCAAGGUACCUGGUAGCACUUGGUGCUCUCAAGGGGAUGACCACCGUUCUUCUGGUAGGGGCGCUUGGACAAGCACGAUAUACUACUCAUAUUGCACGAGCCCACAUGAUCCCUCCAUGGUUUGCUCUUGUCCAUCCAAAGACUGGAACACCAAUAAAUGCAACACUUCUUAUCACCAUUUCAAGCGCUCUCAUUGCUUUUUUCUCAAGCCUGGAUGUCUUGGCAAGUUUGUUGUCAGUAAGCACCCUAUUUAUCUUCAUGAUGAUGGCUGUUGCAUUACUUGUGAGGAGAUACCAUGUCAGAGAAAUCACACCACAAACAAACCACUUGAAGCUAGCCCUCUUCCUGCUAAUCAUUAUUUCUUCGUCCAUGGGGACUUCAGCUUACUGGGGACUGAGUCCCAAUGGUUGGGUUGGAUAUGCUGUAACCAUUCCUUUUUGGUUCUUGGGGACUAUUGGAUUAUCAAUGUUACCUCAACAGAGAGAGCCAAAGGUUUGGGGCGUUCCACUGGUUCCAUGGCUUCCAUCCUUGUCAAUUGCAAUAAACAUCUUUCUAAUGGGAUCUUUGGGUGCUGAGGCUUUUGAAAGAUUUGGUAUUUGCACAGUGGUGAUGCUCAUUUACUAUGUCUUCUUUGGUCUCCAUGCAACCUAUGACAUGGCUCAUCUGCAUCGCAAGGCACAAUCAACGGAAGUUAAUAAUGAAGAUAUGAUUGGAAGAAAAGGACCUUAAGAUUAUUUUCUUCAUCCCUAAGUUACCAAUAGCCAAAUUAUUGUAUGUCCUGAUAUUAGUAUCUGAACCACUAUCUGAUUGUUUCCAAGCAUAAACAAAAGAUGUACUACUUUGCAAUUUAAUGAAAGGAAAAAUCAUUACAGAGUGAAA